ACCUUACAUCCUUGUACUUAGUUUAGUGAGGGCGAGGGGAUAUAAAUUCGCCUUUAUCGGGGGAUAACAGAAGCCUCUGUUUUUAAAACUUAUUAUAACAUUUAUCAUGUAGAUUUAUCUCUGAUCCGUUACUAUAGAAGGCUUUAUCUGCUCCCUAUUUUUCUGUUAUUUCAAACAUCUUCUACGGUUUUGUUGCGAAAGUCUGUCAACAAUUAAAAUUAAAAGUGUCAACCAGUCACAAAAAGUAGAUCAGUUUGUUCUUCCAGGGCCAAGUUCCAUUGAACGAAACUGAAACUAAGACUUGGACUUGAUAAUUAAAUUGGGGUUCUCUCUCAACGGCCCUCAUCUAGGCCUAGUGGAUCUUUAUUUAUCUGUGUCUGUCUGGGGGAAUUCUUCCAUCUAGAUCAGGGAAAAAGUCUUUCAAACUAAUAGCAAAGAUGGAUGAGGAGGAAGCACCUUCACAAGAAGCUUUCAGGAAUGUGAUCAUAAGACCGAACCGCAGUGACUACAACAACUGGGUCUCCCAAAGUAGGAGAAAUGAUGGGUCAAAUGUUGAUGGUGAGCCACCACGAUCGAAUGGGGCAACAUCCGGACGAACUGCUAACAAUGGCAUUGGUCAGUUAUCAAAUAACCUGUCCAGCAAUAUGGUUGUGAGUGAGGCGGGCGAUGCAGAUGGUAUAAGUCAACCCAGUAGAAGAGUGCAGAAUCUAAACUCAAACUCAUCAAAUGGCAGUAGAAACUCUCAACCUGUGGCUACUACUAGGCUGCGUCAUCGAAGGGGACGUGCCUCGGGAAAUUCUGAAUCCUUUGCGGGUCCAAGGACAGAGCGAGCACAAGCUAACUCAGUCGCAAGGAACUCGUCUCCCACAAGACAUACUCAGAUGCGUGGAACACGUGCUCGGUUAGUUCACCCUAGGUCCAACAACCAGAGAGCAGCUGAGCGUAAUCUUAACCCUGAACCAGAACUACUGGGAUCUGUGAUGAUUUCUUCUAGGCCACAGCUUGAGAGAGAACGUUUCAUCUCACCCCUGUCGCUGGGGGAAGGUACAGACGAUAACCCGUUCCUGUUGUCUCCGGGUUCCCCUGACUUGGAGUCAGAAGGAUUUGACCUUGGCUCCGUCCCCUUGGCAGCAGGCCUGAGUGACGAGGAGUUUGCGCGGCAGUUGCAGCAGGAGGAGUGGGAGGCGGCCAGCAGCCACGGCCACGAUGACUUGAUGCUGCCCGAGCCACGGGGAGCUCUGGGCUUGGGGCAACUGCUUUCUUUCCAAAACAGACGGCCUCAUAUGUUACCUCCGAUUCCUCGUGGUGAGAGAGGGGCGCGAAUGGGGCCAAGGGCGUCAAAUGGUCGGCGAAAUGCAAGAGGAGCGAUGUCCUUCAUGAAUGUUUACCCAUCUGCUUUGCCCUGGCCCUUUUCAUCGAGCAUGGCAGAGGGAGACGAUGAUCACAUGCCACUCGUCAUGGAAUUGUUCCAUACCAAUGGCUUGUUGGAUACGGAUGAAAUUGAGUCUAUUCUGAAUCCAGUCUCUGAAGACUAUGAGCAACUACUGGCUCUAGCAGAGCAAAUUGGGGAAGUGAACCGCGGCCUGUCAAAGUCAGAGCUGGACAAGCUUCCCACCAGCAAGCACCGAUGUGACAGCUCGGAGGGGGCAGAGGCCGGGGCAGGCAGCGCAGACAGCCAGCAGUGUAACAUCUGCCUCAACGACUACGAGAACGGGGACAGGAAGAGAAACCUUCCGUGCAAACACGACUUUCACAAGGACUGUGUGGAUCAGUGGCUCAAGACCAACGCCACGUGCCCUGUGUGUCGUGCCGAUGUCAAAGCAAAGUUUGUCUGAAGUCCUGAUGUGUCAUGCCCGGUGCAAGUCAAGUCCCUUAGGUUCCUUUUCUAGUUUAUAUUUCACUUUUAAUUAAUUGUCGUUGAUAAUGAUGAGGAUGAUGGUAAUGAUGAUACUAACAUGUGUUGUGGAUGAGACUGAGAGGGGGCUGUCUGUUGGUGCUGUUGUUGUCAGUGGUGUCAGUGAUGAUUGGACGAUGAUUUAUGGUGACCUGUAGCCACCUAAAGGUGUUGUUGUUGUGUGACUGAUAGUGACACUGUCUGUGUAUUGAAAGUCCUUUGUUGAGAAAGAGUGUCAGAAAAUGUCAUUGAUAGUGGUGGGGAUGACAAUGCGUUGUUUAUCCGGAAUCUUCUCUCACUCUCAGCUGGGAGGUUCAAAUAUCUGCAUGUGAAGUAGAGGUGGGUGCUAGUCGAGUCGGUACUGGCUAAUAUCGAGUACGCUAUCGACUAAGAAAGCCCAAAAUCGAUUAGUACCAGGUACUUAUUAAGAUUAAACAAGGGGAUGUAACAAAAGUUUCUAACUGUAAUACAGUAGUCUCUGCCACGGUGCACGGGAGGGCUAUUCAGCGUGUGUUCAUACGGAGCAUGCGUUUACAUGUACCUUUGCAAAGGGAAGAAGGGACGCAGUUAUCUCAUGCCUUGAUAUUCUAGUGACAUCCCUUGGAGGUAAAGACACAAAGGCACUCCUUUGCCGGAUAAUGUGACCACACGUGACUGUUUCGAGAAGGAUGCCCGACUGUGGUGAAGAACACAAAAGGCGUUGAAUGGGCU